UACCCAUGGUGCUUUGCGCACGGCAGGACGAGAAGUGCUAAGGUAGUAGCGAGAAGCAGGCUCGGUUUGUCCACCAGCUUGAAGAGACUUGACAUGGACCAAGACAACAAUUCAGAGGAUGAAUCUCUGGGACCAGCAGAUGACUCCUCAGAAGAUGCACCGCCGUGCCUUCCUCCAGGACUUGCCAACAGUGAAGCAAUGGAGCUGCUAUGGCAGUAUCGAGCCCAGCGUCGGCAGUCAUCACCUGAGCUACCAGAGACAGUGACCCGUCUUGAAUCCCCUGAUGGCAGUCUGCUGUACCUAGUGGGCACUGCCCACUUUAGUGACAGCAGCAAAAGGGAUGUGGCCAGGACAAUCCGGGCUGUCCAGCCAGAUGUGGUAGUGGUGGAGUUGUGCCAGUACAGAGUGUCCAUGUUGAAGAUGGAUGAGAAUACAUUGCUGAGGGAAGCCAAAGAAAUUAACCUGGAAAAGGUCCAGCAGGCCGUCAAGCAGAAUGGGUUGAUGUCUGGCCUGAUGCAGAUACUUCUGCUGAAAGUUUCUGCUCACAUCACUGAGCAGCUCGGCAUGGCUCCUGGAGGGGAGUUCAGGGAAGCCUUCAAAGAGGCUGGGCGUGUGCCAUUCUGUAAGUUUCAUCUAGGAGACAGACCCAUCCCUGUGACGUUCAAAAGAGCCAUCGCUGCACUCAGCUGGUGGCAAAAGGUCCGUCUGGCUUGGGGUCUUUGCUUCCUUUCAGACCCAAUCAGCAAAGAGGAUGUUGAGAAGUGCAAACAGAAGGACCUGCUGGAACAGACCAUGUCAGAGAUGAUCGGUGAGUUCCCAGCUCUUCACCAGACUAUUGUGGCCGAGAGAGACAUCUACCUCACGCACACAUUGCGCCAGGCUACACGCUGUGUUGAGGCUCCCCCUAAUGCCCAGAAAGUGCCUGCUGUUGUAGUUGGAGUUGUUGGAAUGGGUCAUGUGCCUGGCAUUGAAAGAAACUGGGAUAACCAUCUCAACGUUAGUGAGAUUAUGAGUGUUGCACCCCCCUCCCAGUUUGGCUGGGUUUUGCAUGUGGUUGUUAAAGGCGUCAUGAUGGGAAUGCUGGGAUAUGUAUGCUACCGUGCCGGAGGGAGUUUAGUUAGAGCCAUGCUGUCUUCGUCCGCUGUCCGAUCAGUUGUGGACAAUCUGCGUCCAUUCCCAGCUUGACCUCACUGGUGAACUGAAAGCCAUCAUUGGCACAGUUGAUUCAUGAAAACAGUACAUUUUUUACCAAUGGCCUUAAAAGAGGAGGUGCAGCUCGACGAUGGGUUAAUCAGCCCACAAGGACCUCUAGGCGGAGAUCUCCACAUCUCACUGUGGUGCACCUAUGGACAUGGUAGGGCCAUACUGCCAAAGAAACUUAAACAGUACUGUUUUCCUAUUUAGUGAAAAGCCUGUAUUUUUUUAAGGUUUAAAAAAAAUACCAUUAAUAAUUUAUGAAUACUUCAACUCCUAUUACAUAGCCUAUUAGGUAUAUUAUUUUACAGUUUAAUAUCACAUCAAUCAAAGAAUCCUCUUGUACUAAUUGCCCUGGAAAGACUUUCACUGAUAUCCCCGCUUUCCUUCCUCAAUUAUUGUGCCAGUUUUUGAUAAUUGGCCAGCACUUUAUUAAGUAGUUGUGCAAUGUGCGCAAAGGUGGAGGGAAGGAAAUACAAAUAUAACGUACAAACCCCGUUUCCAUAUGAGUUGGGAAAUUGUGUUAGAUGUAAAUAUAAACGGAAUACAAUGGUUUGCAAAUCCUUUUCAACCCAUAUUCAAUUGAAUGCACUACAAAAACAAGAUAUUUGAUGUUCAAACUCAUAAACUUUUUUUUUUUUUGCAAAUAAUUGACUUAUACAAUUUCAUGGCUGCAACACGUGCCAAAGUAGUUGGGAAAGGGCAUGUUCACCACUGUGUUACAUGGCCUUUCCUUUUAACAACACUCAGUAAACGUUUGGGAACUGAGGAGACACAUUUUUUAAGCUUCUCUUGAUGUACAGCUUAAGUUGUUCAACAGUCUCCGUUGUGGUAUUUUAGGCUUCAUAAUGCGCCACACAUUUUCAAUGGGAGACAGGUCUGGACUACAGGCAGGCCAGUCUAGUACCCGCACUCUUUUACUAUGAAGCCACGUUGAUGUAACACGUGGCUUGGCAUUGUCUUGCUGAAAUGAGCAGGGGCGUCCAUGGUAACGUUGCUUGGAUGGCAACAUAUGUGGCUCCAAAACCUGUAUGUACCUUUCAGCAUUAAUGGCGCCUUCACAGAUGUGUAAGUUACCCAUGUCUUGGGCACUAAUAGACCCUCAUACGAUCACAUAUGCUGGCUUUUCAACUUUGCGCCUACAACAAUCUGGAUGUUUCUUUUCCUCUUUGGUCCGGAGGACACGACGUCCACUGUUUCCAAAAACAAUUUGAAAUGUGGACUCGUCAGACCACAGAACACUUUUCCACUUUGUAUCAGUCCAUCUUAGAUGAGCUCAGGCCCAGCGAAGCCGACGGCAUUUCUGGGUGUUGUUGAUAAACGGUUUUCGCCUUGCAUAGGAGAGUUUUAACUUGCAAGCGACCAACUGUAGUUACUGACAGUGGGUUUCUGAAGUGUUCCUGAGCCCAUGUGGUGAUAUCCUUUACACACUGAUGUUGCUUGUUGAGGCAGUACAGCCUUUGGGAUCGAAGGUCACGGGCUUAGUGAUUUCUCCAGAUUCUCUGAACCCUUUGAUGAUAUUACGGACCGUAGAUGGUGAAAUCCCUACAUUCCUUGCAAUAGCUGGUUGAGAAAGGUUUUUCUUAAACUGUUCAACAAUUUGCUCACGCAUUUGUUGACAAAGUGGUGACCCUCGCCCCAUCCUUGUUUGUGAAUGACUGACCAUUUCAUGGAAUCUACUUUUAUACCCAAUCAUGGCACCUACCUCUUCCCAAUUUGCCCGUUCACCUGUGGGAUGUUCCAAAUAAGUGUUUGAUGAGCAUUCCUCAACUUUAUCAGUAUUUAUUGCCACCUUUCCCAACUUCUUUGUUACGUGUUGCUGGCAUCAAAUUCUAAGGUUGAUGAUUAUUUGCAAAAAAAAAAAAUGUUUAUCAGUUUGAACAUCAAAUAUGUUGUCUUUGUAGCAUAUUCAACUGAAUAUGGGUUGAAAAUGAUUUGCAAAUCAUUGUAUUCCGUUUAUAUUUUCAUCUAACACAAUUUCCCAACACAUAUGGAAACGAGGUUUGUAAAAUAGAAAUUACUAUUAUGCAUAUACGUAAUAUAUUUUUGGUACAGCAAGUUAUGCGAUGAAAUGAUUUACAAAUAUUGAAAUACCUGUAAUUAAAAAUGCAUACACAUGAAGACUGAAACACGACUGGCAUAACAAAAAAGUGUUACACAUGUUCACAGUCUUGCCUAUGUCAAAAACCAAGUGCCUGUCUGUGCAGCUGCAAGGGUAUAUGCAUCCAUCUUUAUGUUACUAAAUGGUCAAUGCAUAUUUGUGAAAUUAUAAAGUAAUUUGAAAUCAUUAUUUUAAACAAAGCAUGUGAUUUAACAUGUUAUAUAUUGACCUCAAUCUAAACAAUAUAGUGCCCUUUGUACAUUUAAUUCAGACCCUUUGCAGGGAAGGCUCAUUAUCCUCAGGGUUUGUGAUGCAUAAUUAUAGUGAUAAUCAUUAAUGUCAUCACAAACCCACAGGAUUUGAGUGUAGCUAAAUAAAAGGCACCAAGUGUUUGGCAUUGAACACAUCAGGUCUCAAUCUCUGGUUAAGGUUAAUUCCUAACGGUUUUUUUUUUGUAAAGAAAGUUAUCUUUAAAGGUUCACAAUACUACAUCAUCUGACCUACAAUUCACCAGCUCUUUGUACUGUAGCCAUAUAAGCCCUUCCAGCUGUAUUUGUCUUCAAAUGCAAAAUGUAAUUUUCACUUUUCAGGGGACUACUAAUUAGGAAAAACGUAUCUUACUUUGGCUGCUUUAAAUGACCAUUUUCAAUUGGUCUAAUGCAGAUCUAUUUAACUAAAUUGUUAUAGGGCUACCUUUCCACAAAGGUAAGGACUUACGUCUUCACUAUUAUUUUGAAAACUAUCAUCCUCUGCAGUGGACAUUUUGUUUGUAGUAUGUUUCUUCUAUCAGUUACAAGUUUUUGAAGAAAAUAAACCUCCAUGUGAAAUACAAAUUGAUGCUGGGCGUAGAAGAUUAAAAUGUCAAAGCAAGAAUCUGCAAAUGUGUUUACAUUGGUUCAAGUUCCGAGUCUAUACCACAGGAACUCUCUGUUUUUUAGGAAUUUGCUGCAAAAAUGGGCGUUUUCCAAGUUUUGAAAUGAACUGGGGGACCAUUAUGGUGUUGUUCCCGAGCUGGAUUUGGCCAGUUGAAUGGUCUGGAUCUAAGGGGGUGAGGAAGCCUUUAACUCUGCUGUCUCUGCUGCAACUCUGCUAAUUUCAUUGCUCCAUUGUUUUUUUUUAUAAUGCAGCAGUAUUAAAAAGUCUUAACAAGAUAAUUUAAUGGUUUCACAACGUUGAUUGAUGUAUACUUUUAAUUUGCACCAACAAAAAUUCAGUGACAGUGUCUGCUCUUUGUAAAAGCGUCACAUAACCUUAGAAUGUGUGCGUUCACAAAAACGACAUACGGUACUUGCUUUCCAACUGGUUUUGGUUGCACAGCAUGAGUACGACGUUUUUUUGCUGAACCUUAUUUAUUUUCUGUAUUUUGUUUACCAUUCCACGUAGCAUUUUCAUGGCUAUCACUGCAAAGCCAACAUUAAAUCUGAACCCAAUGUACUGUAUGAACCAAUCAAAAAUGAGAUGAUUAAAUACAGGUAUAAUGUCUAUGUGCCUUGAAAAUAUACAGUACUGAAUCAACCUUGUUUUUUUUCCGUCGGUGCGUUUCUGACCGGACGAA